AAGAGUGUGUUUGAGAGAGAGAGAGAGAGAUGAGGGUGGUGCCAUCUUGCCGAUCACAGGCGUUGCUCCUUCCAUUGACCGUCUUGAUCUGCUGCCUGCUUCUUGGUGCGCGAUCGUCGGCGCACCAAGGAAACGGUGGAGGAGAAUGGCAGCUACUCAGGCACAGCAUCGGGAUAUCGGCGAUGCACAUGCAGGUGCUGCACAACGACAAGGUGAUCAUGUUCGACCGGACGGACUUCGGCCACUCCAACUUGAGCCUCCCCUUCGGCCGCUGCCGCAACGACCCCGAGGACGUCGCCCUCAAGAAGGACUGCACCGCCCACUCCCUCGUCUACGACGUCGCCACCAACGUCCCCCGCCCUCUCACCGUCCAGACGGACACCUUCUGUUCCUCCGGCGCCGUUGCCCCCAACGGCCGCCUCGUCCAAACCGGCGGCUACAACGAUGGGGACCGCGUCGUUCGCGUCUUCUCCCCUUGCUCCGACUUCGAGGACUGUGACUGGCACGAGUUCCCGAAUGCGCUCGCCGCCAGGCGGUGGUACGCCACCAACCACAUUCUUCCCGACGGCCGGAUCAUCAUCGUUGGUGGCCGUCGGCAAUUCAACUACGAGUUCUUCCCGAACUCGGACCCGCCGGAGAAGUUCGACCUCCCGUUCCUCCAAGAAACCCACGACGUUCCGGAUGAGAACAACCUCUACCCAUUCGUCCACCUCCUGCCCGACGGGAAUCUCUUCAUUUUCGCCAACACUCGAUCCAUCCUGUUGGACUACGUCAGCGGUAGGAUUUUGCGCGAGUUCCCCGAGAUUCCCGGCAAGAACCCCAGGAACUACCCGAGCACCGGCUCGUCGGUCUUGCUUCCCAUCCGGCUGUCCGAGAGGCACCCCGGCGGUGUCCGGGCAGUAGAAGUACUGGUCUGCGGCGGGGCGCAGAAGGGUUCCUUCGCCAAGGCUAUAGCCGGGGAGUUCGUCACGGCAUUGUCCACGUGUGGGCGGCUGAGGUUGACGGACCCCUCGCCGGAGUGGGAGAUGGAGACGAUGCCGAUGCCCAGAGUCAUGAGCGACAUGCUCAUCCUGCCCAACGGUCAAGUCCUCAUCAUCAACGGCGCCAUGAGCGGCACCGCCGGGUGGCAGCUGGGCCGGAAUCCAGCCUUAAAUCCGGUCAUCUACCAGCCAGGAGCUCCUCGGGGCCAAAGAUUCAGUGUAAUGAGCGCGUCACCAAUCCCGCGUUUGUACCACUCGACGGCGGUGGUGUUGCCGGAUGGAAGAGUCCUCGUAGGAGGGAGCAACCCGAACGUGAACUACAGCUUUUCCGGCGUGGACUACCCGACAGAGCUUCGCUUGGAGGCCUUCUCUCCUCCAUACCUGUCGCCGGAAGCGGCGGAGUCGCGUCCGAGGAUCGUGGCGUUACCGGCGGGGGAGUUCGGGUACAAGCAGUCGCUGACCAUCGAGUUCGAAUUGACCAGUUGGACGUCGAUGGAAGAAGGCAUGUGGUGGGAGGAGUACAAUGAAGAGGAGGAGGAGGUGGAAGUGAAGAUGCUGUCGCCGACCUUCACGACUCACUCCUUCUCCAUGAACCAGAGGAUGGUGGUGCUGGAGAUGGUGGAGGGGUCGCGCCUGUCUGCGCCGUCAAUGUAUCGGGUGACCGUGCUGAGCCCACCGACUGCGGCGGCGGCGCCUCCCGGUUACUACAUGCUCUUCGUCGUCCAUCGUCGCAUACCCAGCCCCGGCAUUUGGGUCAGGAUUCAGUGAGACAGUUGAAAAUUUUUUCCUUCUUUUUCAGAGUCUUGUUUAUUUUUUCUUUCUUUUGUUCCAAAAAUCUUGGUGUUAAAGUUUGAUUCUGAACGGACAGAGUCAAUUAUCUUUUACUAUUGUUCAAUUGUAAGAGUCCUCUUGGUUAAAUUGUCCGUCCACUUUCAUCUGUAUAUACAAUAGGGCGACGAAAGUCGGAUAUAGGACGGAAGCGCUUUUAAUCAGCACUGGUUUAACCUGCUUUUCAAUUUUGGUUCUUGCUUUCUUAAAGAAGCUAUUGUAUUAUGUUGAUGAGAUCUUUGAUUCCAAGACUUGUCAGAUCUUGGUUAUGGACUUAUGGUUAUGUAGUGAGUGGUCGAGAAUAUCUCUUUCUUUAUUGUGAUCAAGAAAAAGCAAGUUCUGCAA